AUGAUAAUUAACCUCAUAAAACAUCUGUUUCAUGCCACGCUUGUCUUGCUUUUGAUACCCGGGAUAGAUUCUUUUGUACUUAGUGGAAAAUCAUUCCACAUAUCACCAAUUAAUCGCAUAAAUAAAACUAAAUUUACAUUAUUGUCUACUUCAGAUACCCUAAACACGAUUACCGACCUAGUAGCACUCAGGUUCAACAAGAAAAAAGAAGAUAUCGACCCAAACUCAGAUUUCUACAAGGAAUUCGGAGCAGAUACGCUGGAUAGAGUGGAAUUGUUGAUUCUGCUGGAGGACGAAUUCGACCUGAACAUACCAGAUAACCACUUUAGAACACUCAGGUCAAUUAAGGACAUUUCUAGGUACAUAGACGGAAAACUACAAUCUAAAGGCCGUCUUAAUCUCACGCUUCCAGAAUAA